AUGAAUCCCGAGUAUUUCCAUCUCGUUGAUCGGCCUGACCUAAUCUCAAAUAGAUACGAUUACCUCUUCAAGCUCCUCCUCAUCGGAGACUCCGGUGUUGGAAAGUCUUGCUUGCUACUCCGUUUCGCUGAUGACACCUACACUGAAAGUUACAUUUCCACCAUCGGAGUGGACUUUAAAAUCCGCACUAUUGAACUCGAUGGAAAGACCGUGAAGCUUCAGAUUUGGGAUACUGCUGGCCAGGAACGUUUCCGUACCAUCACCUCCUCGUACUACCGGGGCGCCCACGGCAUCUGUGUCGUUUACGAUGUGACCGACAUGGACUCCUUCAACAACGUCAAGCAGUGGCUCCAGGAGAUUGACCGAUACGCCACUGAGGGAGUCAACAAGCUUCUUGUUGGUAACAAGAGUGAUAUGGAGGACAAGAAGGUGGUCGAAUAUACUGUGGCGAAGGAGUUCGCCGACAGCCUUGGAAUUCCCUUCCUCGAGACCUCCGCCAAGAACGCAUCCAACGUCGAGCAAGCCUUCUUGACAAUGGCACGACAGAUUAAGGAGCGUAUGGGGGCUGCUACCGUCAACAACAAGCCCACUGUGCAGGUUGGCCAAGGUCAGGGUGUCCAGUCCGGCUCCGCAGGCGGCUGCUGCUAG